AUGCUACUCGCUGAUCACCAAAGCGAGGAUGUUAAGUACGAAGAGGAGUUUAUUGUGAAUUCCCGGGGCAACGAGCUGUUCACUUGCAGAUGGACACCACAGAAUUGUCAGCCAAAAGCUUUGAUCUUCAUCUGUCAUGGAAUUGCAGCAGAGUGUAGCAUAUCAAUGAGGGAUACCGCGGCUCGAUUGGUGAAGGCAGGAUAUGGUGUUUAUGGGAUAGACCAUGAGGGUCAUGGCAGAUCAUCUGGAAGCAGGUGCUACAUACCAAACUUUGGCUACAUCAUCGCAGAUUGCUCCAGUCAUUUCACAAGUAUCUGCGAGAAAACAGAGAACAGAGGGAAGAAGAGGUUCCUGUACGGCAUUUCCAUGGGCGGCAGCGUGGCUUUUCUCCUCCAUAGGAAGGCACCGGACUACUGGGACGGUGCCAUCUUGCUUGCUCCUAUGUGCAAGAUCUCUGAUGACAUGAAGCCUCACCCAAUAGUGGUCAGCGCUCUGAAAAUGAUUUGUGCUGUUGCGCCUAGUUGGAAGAUCAUACCUACACCUGACAUCAUUGACAAAGUCUGCAAAGACCCAGAAAUGAGAAAAGAGGUUCGUUCCAAUCCGUAUAUAUACAGAGGAAAGCUCCCCCUGAAAACUUGUCAUGAACUCCUGAUGGUCAGCCUAGAUAUUGAGAAGAACUUGAAUCAGGUGACGAUGCCAUUCCUGGUCCUGCACGGUGGAGAUGACAUCGUGACCGAUCCUUCAGUCAGCAAGCUGCUAUUCGAGAAAGCAUCGAGCAAGGACAAAACCUUCAAGCUCUACCCUGGGAUGUGGCAUGCGCUGACAGCUGAACUCCCUGACGACGUUGAGCGUGUGUACGCUGACAUUAUCACUUGGCUAGAGGAAAGAGCGAUUUGUACAGCUAGUGUUUCAAGUGCCACAUCACAUGUCAGAGUCUAA